UUUUUACUUGAUUUGAAGAGUACUUUAAAUGCAUAAACUCAAAAAUUUUGAUUUGCUUCAUUUAAUAAUUUUAGCCAUAUUAUUGGCAGAAUUAUAUUCACUGCGAAGUAUGAAAACAGAUUUCUGAAGAUCCCGGAAAAACAUUAUUCAUAAUAUAUUGGAUAUGGAAAUCCAGACAAUAUACCUGUUUUUGGUGAUAGGUUUGUCAGUUGCAGAUGACCCGUCCUGUGCCAUCUGGAAGAAAAAUUUGGACAUCCUGAAUGCAAACAAUGGACGUCAGUCCUGGUCAGAGAGUGGGAUGUCCUUCAGAUGUAAAUAUCACCCAGAGAAAUGUGAACAAAUCGACUGUGUGGGGAUGUUUAGGAAUGCCAUGAUCGGGUCGUUCAGCUUCUGUUGGAACAUGAUCAUGAACCACUGUGACAGUCCGAUUAACAUGGACGUUAGCAUCAGCAUCGACUCGUUCAACUACAAAUUCAGUCAGCGAGUCACUCACAAUCAGCGUUAUCCGCUGUCCAUACAGAGUCAGAAUUUGUCCCUCUCCGGAAUCCCGAUUCAUGAAUAUCUGGAGUUUACCCUCCUGAAGAUCAACGCUACAGCUGUUAUGUUAGGGAUGAAACUUUCAACAGAGAUGUGUAUCCCACACCUGGGCUGUACCUUCAAUAAAAAGAUCGACCUGCUACCCGACAUUGCAGUACCUGUCUCCAGGUGUUCCAAGGUAACUAGGACACCUGUACCCAAAGCACCGAAAUGUUCUAAUGGUGGAAAGACGGGUGGCGGUGGUAGUAAGAUAAAGCCCUACUUCACCACCACUAAAAUGCCACCACACACCACGUAUAAGUCACGGACCUAUGGUAAGAAGUGUUCGAUGAACAGCCUAGCCAGCCGAUGUGGCCGGAAUGAGAUGUGUAAGCAGGGUCGAUGUGCCUGCUUCACUCCUAAAUACCCAAGAUGCCCUUAUACCGGCGUUUGUCAAACUUUAGAUGAUUGUGCAAAGCAUAUCGUUCCCGUGUACGAAGUAAACACAGUGAGUCCUCAUACAGGUCAUCAAAACAAUGGAGACAGCCCUGGCCCUACAAACAAGACUGCAGUAAUCGUAGGGGGAGCGCUAGGUGGGAUCGUCGUCAUUGUCAUAGUCGUCGGAAUCAUUCUCGUCAUGCUGAAGAAGCGUGGGUCGCAGUAUAGAGGGCGCCAGCUGUUACUGACAGAGGACAACACAGACGGCAUCAUAUAGAGGGCACUGUCGGCAACAUCCAAUACAGCACAGAUCAAAUACGAUGGGUGGGUUAUGGAAGACAGAGAUUUGACAUUUCUACAAAAUUGUCCUUUUAUUGUGAGAGAUCUCAUCAGGCUCUGUACACCUCUUUCUGAUUUCUGACAUUUUGCAGUAAUGGAUUAAGAUCUGAUACGUUUAUUAUGCAUGUACUUUAUGUAAGAGAUUAACACAUGUCUAGACCUUUUCUACAAGUCAUGGUACUACUUUAUUGGAAUGAAGAUAUUUUUUAUAUGAAUUUGAUCACUUUUCUUUUUAAAGAAGUCACGUAAUUUAAAUGAUUAAAAGCGAUUAUGAAUUUUUUAUUUCAUUGAUAAAUUCAUGAUAUUCCUAAAAUUCAUGAUAUUGGAAAUUCAAUAUUUUUUUAGAAUAAUUAAUCUGUGUAUAAAAUUGAAAUGUAUUAUAGCAACAUUCAGUUUCUCGGUCUGUCCUUUACAGAGAAGAGGAAAAAUAUGUUGGUUUUCUUGCUUCAUAGAAAUUGUCAUAGUCACCAUCAUCAUCAUCUUGAAUCGUUUCAGAAUCUUAACUUUUGAACAUGCAUUCUAGCACCAAAAAAAGUAAAUUAGAGAAUUAUGUCCCAUACUUUGAAUGUGGAAAUUCAGGUGAAUUCACAUCAUUAAUAUCUUUAUGUUUGGUUGUUAUUUCCCUUUUUCACGAAUACAAUGCCUUGAGAAUUUUUUUUACUUCUUGUACACCUAAACCUCAUUUAUAACAUAGGGAAUUAAUCUCUGUAAACAGUAUUGGGGGGGGGGGAGGGGGGGCUUUUAAAGGAUGAUUUAAAAAUAUGCCAUGUCUUUCAUGAAAAGAAACAAAUGGAGAGAAUAAUAGUGGUUGUAAAUAACAUGUUAGUAUCCCCCCCCCCCCACCAUUGUUUUCACACUAUAAUAAUUUUGUUGAUAGAGAACUUGGUUUUAGUACCUACACUCAAUUGUCACUCAGCUUUAUUAAGUUAAGAUUGCAUAUUUACGUCUGUGUUAUAUAUCAAGGUAAUAUACAGACAAGGGAGAAUCUCUUUUUUUCUUCAAGUAUUGAUGUUAUUUUAAGCAAUGCAAUACGUUACAUUAUGUUAAAGUUAAACUAACCAAUUAAGCCUUCAGAUUGGACGAUAUAUAGAACUCGAAUUAACUUUGUUUUUUUAUGAAAAGAUCAUUUCUAAUUUUCACAUGUAAUUCUUGGGGACAUACAUGUAUCUAUUUUUAUUUCUUUUUGUUUUGUAAAAAAAAAAAUUUGGUUUCGAGAAUCUGAUGAAAUUUGAUUUAAAUUUGGCAAUUUUGAAAAUUGAUUUAACUGCAGUGAAGAAUUAUAUUGAUAUCAUAUCCUGCUGUGGAUUGAAUGACAGAUCUGAAUUCUGUGAAAAAGUUGUCUUUCUUUUGUAAUAUGUUCUCUGUGAAAAAGUUGUCUUUCUUUGAUCUAAAUGGUUCACUUUCUUUGUAAAAAUUUGAGAAAAUUGAUCAGAUUGCCUUAACGUUUAAUCUGUUCUACAAUGUUAAGGAAUUCCUAGAAGAUGACAAUAUAUACUGUAUAAGGUUUAAUGUUUGUCCCUUCCUAUUAAAGCACCUCUCUCUGUGAUAUAUAUAUAUACCCCUGUACAAUGUGUAAAUAAUUAAACAUUAGUAUAGUGAUAUUGAGAAAUAAUUUUAAAGUGUUGUGUCCAUAAUUUUUAUUUUGUAUAUAGAAAAAACUCAAGUAAGCAACGUCACUUGAAAUCGGCUCAUUUUUUUUUCAUAUCAUUUGUGUUAUUUUUCUAUUUGUAUCCAGGGAAGAUUAGCUAAUUGUACUACAUACUGCCUUCGUUUAAGGUUUGAGCAAAUGAUAAACUUGAUGAAUUAAUUCAUCAACAUGCAAUUACAUGAAUAUGUAUUAAUGAAUACCAUAAUCUGUGGUACGUAUUAGGGCUAUAAAAGUACGCAAACGCCAACGAUGAAUUUUUUUCUCGUGAAAGUUUUAUUUCAAAAAUGGAGAUUCAAAAGCCCUAAUACAAAUAUUUUUGUGACAAUAUAAGGCAAUGAAUAGUGUUUUCUCCCAAAGUCGAAUUUUAUCUCUGAUUUCUGUUUCAUAAAGUUUGCAACCAAAAUACAAACACAUGUGUACUAUAUAAAGAAGGAAAGAUGUAGCUUUCCACAGAUGGGAGAUUAUGUUCAUUUGGAUCACUGUUUGAGGGGUUUUCUGGGGGUUAUUUGUUUGUUUUGGGUUGUUGUUUUUUUUUUUUUCAUUUUUUACUUUUUCAUUCUUAAUGUUUGUUCAUGUCACACACAGGUGUACAUUCCAAUAAUUUGUCCCACAAACAUCAGAAAAAACAUUAACUUCACUUUUAACCAGAAAUGAAAUUUUGUAUAUAUAGAAUGUGGAUGUAGACUGGCUCAAUUCUCUGUGUUUAUUUGUUUUUUAAAAAAAUGGUUGGCGACUGCCCUCUAUUAUAGCAUAAUAUUUAUGAAACAUUGAGACUCUGUUCUUACGUCAUUAAAGGGAAACAGACACGAUUUGAGCUAAAAAAUUAAAAAAUUUAUAUUCCCGUUUUUAAUGUUUACAAUGCUUAACUAAGGUAUUUCUAAUGGUCAGCAAAAAUUUGAAUGUCAGUUGUUGAGUUACAAGUGAGAAACAGCACUCACAAUUCUUUGUUAUGUAAACAAGGCUUGUGCCAUGUUUUUGUUUACAUAUAUAUUGCUUAAUAGAAAAUACCAUGUUUAAAACAAAAUGAGACAGCAAACCCACUAGAAACUGUUUAAUUGUGUUCAUAAUUAAUUUGGAAAUUCAAAAAAAUAAUCUGCUUUAAACGGAGCUUUUACUAGUACAUUUAACCUAUGUAAACAAAAACACGGCACGAGCCUUGUUUACAUAACAAAGAAUUGUGAGCUCUGUAUCUCUGUUGUAACUGACGUUCAAAUUUUUGCUGACCAUUAGAAAUACCUUAGUUAAGCAUUGUAAACAUGAAAAUCGGAAAAAUGAAAUUUGAAAAUUUUCAGCUCAAAUCGUGUCCAUGCCCCUUUAAAGGGUAUGAAGGAGAGUAGAUACGUAAAAUAAAAACUAAUACAGAGGUUUGAACAUGUCUAAAUUGUAUUUAGUUGUAGAUUAUAUGCCAUUUUAUUUCUCAGAGUGUGUUGCUGGGAAUGAAGAAAUUUGUAGUCCAUCAUGAUGUAUUUGCUUUUCUCUACAACAGCUUUUCUAAAAGCACAAUAUUUGAUUUGUUUUAAUGAUUAACAAAAGCUUACUGCAAACAACCCCCCCUUCUUCUUGAAAGAAUAUAAUGUGUUAUAUGUUUACUAUUAUGUCCAAUACAUGUGGAUUGUUGAGAAGAAAUAUUCAGGAAAUUAUUUUGUUUUGGAGGGGGAAGGGGGGGGGGGGGGUCUGCAGAAAUUUUUGCAAUGUACAGGUGAUGUUGGUAUAUAACAAAAUGUGGAAUCCUUUUGGAGGAGGAGGGGGGGUGUCUGUGUUGGUGGCUGAUUUUCUUACAAUGUAUCUGUUUGGUAAGGCCAUGAAUUACUGGACUGGUUUAAGUCUUGCGGUUAUUUUCAGCAAUUUUUAUCACUUGGUAUACAUAAUAAAUUGAUACAUGUAAAAAUUGAUUGAUUCCAAUUAAUGAUUGACUGAUGUGGUAUAUAUGAAGGCAUAUAAUCCUUUAAAGUUCUACAAAAAUUUAAGUAUACCCCCAAAAGAAAAAAAACUAAGAUUAGAAAUUGAGAAUUUAAAACUGAUGAUUCUUUGGUAGUUGGUGUAUCUUGUUUGUUUCCCCCCCCCCCCUCCUUUUUUGCUGGUGUGUUUGUCCUAUUUCAUUAAAUUUGUUGUAAUGUUAUUUUAAUCCCACGACCCAUGUAGAGAGUGUAUUGCUCUUGUUGGCAUUUACACAUGUAUAUCGCACUUGUAUGAUUGGAGUGAAAACUAUUUACCUUUAACUAGCAAGCCGAAGCAAUAUCUCAGUCAGUUUUACUAUUGACACAAAUACAAAACAUUGUCUUCAUGCUUUUCAAUGGAGAAAGAAUAAACAUUUUGUUUUCUGUGUUUUGAUACGGCAUUCUGAUAUAGAAGAUUGUGUAAAGUUCCUGAUAAAACUGCACUAUUUUCGAAUAAUUCUUUUGUAUGUGGUGUACUUGUUUUUUUAUUUUGAAGUAAUUUUUUGGAAAUGUUGGAUAUACGAGAAUGUAUAGGGUUAUAUUUCUAACUUUUGAAAAUAUGUGAGUUUUAUCAUUUAUAGGAUAUUGAGCCCCUCUGCAUGUAUUUUAUGCAUUUUCCAGAAGAUGUAAAUGUUCUGAAAUUCAAACACUGAGCAUACCAUGAAUCUUAAAUUAUUAGAGUUGAAUGAUAUUUCUCAUAAACACAAUAGUCCUUGGAAAGGGAAGUAGAAACACCCCCACAUGCCACACACACUGACCCCAUGCACCCACACCAACUCCCACCUACACACACACACCACACUCACUCUCACCUACACCCACCACACACACACACACUCACUCCCACCUACACACCCACCACACACACUGACCCCAUGCACCUACACCAACUCCCACCUACACACACACACCACACUCACUCCCACCCACCACACACACUGACCCCAUGCACCCACACCAACUCCCACCUACACACACACACCACACUCACUCUCACCCAUUGCACUCAUUAAUGUUGGAAAAAUAAUUUUUUGAAAAGAUGUUAUUUUACCAUCAUUUAUCGAUGGAAAUGUACCAUUAGAAAUUUGGAAAAUGCAUGAAUAUAUACAUAGAUAAUGUGAACAAAAUCAAUUGCAGUAUUUGUAUAUCAUUUUACUUCAGUCAAGUAAUGUAAGAGUUAUCUAUCUUGUCAGAGGGACAUUGUACUCCUUAAAUAAAAUACAUAUUGGAUGUACAUUAAACAAAACAAAAAAAACUUCUCGGAUAUCCACUUUUCCCCCUUUGCAUAAUAGCUUACAAAGAAUUAAGCAAAUACUGUUGUAAUCAAUGCUUUGUGUUACAGGGGCUGAUUUCAGUCUUUUGUUCUGUUGGAUUUAUGUCAUUUUGUAUUUAUAGGGGCAUAACAUCACAUUCCUUAAUAAAAAAAUGUUUUGUA